CACACGCGUGUGUCAGAGGAGGGGCUGCCUCAGGGCUGCGACGCUGUCACCAACAAGUGUGGGGGGGACGCCUGGGGACAGCACAGCCCCGGCGCUGUGCUGGGCGAUCCGGAGCUGUGUCACUUUAAGGCAUGUGAUACUUUCCUGAGCAGGGAUGCACUGAAAUAGGCUCCGGUACUUCCAGCAUCCUGUAGCAGUGUACGUACAGCUGCCCGGCUCUGCACUGCCUGCGCUGGAGUGAAGCUGCUCCGUCUUUAAAUGCAAACUGCUCCUCGUCUUUAAGUAGCUUGGAAGCUGCAGAUUGUCUCAAGAUCGCUUCAAAGGUCUCAUCAAGCAGAAGGUGAUGCUAGGAGAUGAUUUAAAGGUGAAAAUGAGAAGGUUUCCACCCCUCAAAGCUCGGCCACUUUUCUGACGGCAGUGCCUGAAAGCUCAGAUGUCGUCUUUACUCUGGGAACAGGAUUUGUAACGAGAUUUUUUAUUUUUUUUUUUCCCUCCUAAUCCUGAUAAAGAAGAUUAUUGGGAAGCUAUUAGAAAUCCCUUAUUGUGGUGCAGAUGGAUUUUAAAAAGUGUUAGACCUUUCCAAUGAACACUAAUAGAGUGCUCUGCUCUUGGCUGGAUUACUCAGAGAAUGGCAGUGGUGUCUGCAAUGUCCUGGGUCCUGUAUUUGUGGAUAAGUGCCUGUGCAAUGCUGCUCUGUCAGGGAUCCCUCCAUCACACUUUCCAGCAGCAUCACCUGCACAGACCAGGAAAGGCUCUGUCUGUGAAUCAGAUUUUCCUGUGGGAAGGAGGAACGUGUGAAGUUAUAGCAGCACACAGAUGCUGUAAUAAGAAUCGAAUUGAGGAAAGAUCACAAACAGUAAAAUGUUCCUGUCUACCUGGGAAAGUGGCUGGGACUACACGAAACAGACCUUCCUGUGUUGAUGCUUCAAUAGUGAUUGGGAAAUGGUGGUGUGAGAUGGAGCCCUGCCUAGAAGGAGAGGAAUGUAAGACAUUGCCUGAUAAUUCUGGAUGGAUGUGUGCGACCGGCAAUAAAAUCAAGACCACCAGAAUCCACCCAAGGACCUAACAGAGCCAGCAUGGAGGCAGUGAAAGCCCAGCUGAUUUAUGAGGACAAAGUAUCGAAAGUUGAAAACCAUCUCAGCAUUUACAAGCCAAAUGGAUUUCUUAUUUGCACUCUGACUGUUUACCAGAUGACAGCAGUGGCUUUACUGUGUGAAAGAGAGCAUUCUGCGGAAAUAAUGCCCCUGGUUUUUGACAGAUGAAAAGAAAAACGAAGAAAAAUGAUUCCUUUGCUAAAGUUUCUGAGAUUACAAAGUACAAACAACAGUAUAAGUUUGGAUCUACAAUUUACUUUAUACCAUUUAAAGUAUAUAUAUAGAAAUAUAUAUAUAUUAAUAUAUGAUAUUUUGAAAUAAAAGCCUCACUCUUCAAGAAAUUAAAUAGUACCACACUUUGCUGCAGCUGCUGUAAUUUUUUUUCUCUAUUGUAAUGGUCUGGAAGAUCCCUACCUGUUUCAGAGAGAAACGUGGCAGUGAAGAGGCAAAGCAAACCUGCUGCAGUACAAGGACGCCUAAGAGUUACACGGAUCCUACUGAUAUGGCAUCCAGAGCUCCCCGUUCCCUUCGGCAGAAUUUUGAGGGCAUUUCAUUGUUUCACUUUGUGUUCUGGAGGCUUUUCCCCUUGUGCAAUACUAGCAUGCUGGCUUUGCUUCAUAAACAUACUUGAUACUCAAUUGAUAUAUAACAAUGAUAAUUCUAUUCUCUUCCAAGAAAAUAUUUUUAGAGCUGUUAGAUAUUCCGUGGAGAAGAAAUGGACAACUGCUGAGUGAAGUACAGUAUGUAUUAAAAGUUUAUUUGGCAGAGUUUGGUAGACUGUGAGCUCCCUUCUUAUUAAAGAUGUACCGUAUGUACAAUGUCUUCAGACUUUGUAUAGCUCGUAGAGACUACAGUAAAGUCCCAAUAACCAACUCCAAAGCUUUGCGUUGUUGGCUCAAUUCUUUGAAACAACAACAAAGCUCCUUCUUUCUAGACUAACAUGGAAGAGGGUUUUUGCAUAUGGUUUCUCCUCUUAUGAGCCAAUUUGGGGCUGGGCUGAGAUGCCCUUCAGCAGGGACAUGUCGGCAGAGCCAUUUGCCUCUUAGCAGUGAAUGGUCUGAGUUCACAUUUCUAGCUCAGCUAUUGCUGUUCACUGUUCAGCCUGGCCCUUGUGUUGCUGAGGAAAGAUCAAAUCUGAGGGUUCAAACGCUCAAGCCUAGAUCACAUCGCCAGGCACUUCUGUGAGCGGUUCAGUUAGUUUCAGGGGGUUAUUCAUGUGGAAGGCAUCCUGCUGUCACGCAUAAGUCUGCACAGCCCGCCCUUCAGCACACCUGAUGCUACCAAAUCAAAGAGGAAUUUAGAUGUGUAGAACUCAUUUUAUCCAGUCCAGGUUCAUUUUUUUAAUAUUUCCAAUUUCCUUUCACCCUGCUUACCUAUCUCUCACAGGACCCCUUUGGCCAUGCUAAUCACUUUUAAUCCAAUGCAAAGGAAGUGCUGCACUUUCCAACCUAGAGUUGGUCAGAAUUCUCCCACUAACUUUCUUUCUCCUUCGGGGCAACCACUUCAGUCCCCGAUGUUCCAAGAAGCAGAAAUUUGUCACUGUAAUUACACUGCACAUUAAAGCAGCUACAUGACAUGUCACGCAAAACUCCAUGAAGGCUUCCCAUGCUGGUUUUGGCCUGAUGCUCGCAGCAGAAAUAGAGACACUUCUUCCAAGUAGUUCUAUUAUUUCACUUUUAAAAACAGAUCAGAAUGGAAAGGUCCAUGAGAAGAUUUUUUCUUUUCCUUGAACAGAAACACUAAAUAGGAGCCUCACAAGCAGACCCACGGGUGGCCCAGCUGGGCAGGCUGUGCUUGUCUGGACACAGACAUCUGCCUAAACCACAGAAGAUCCCUGUGCCUUAGGCUGAGCUAGAAGUGGUGUACCAUGAACGUACGUCCCUAGUCCCAUCCUCUUAGUUUGGCAGGGACCACUCCAUGCCUCAUCACCCACAGACAGAGGCAUUCCCAAAAUGAGCUCUUCACACCAACUCCAAGUUUAACUAGCAGAAAUAAGAGAAAACUUUUCCCAAAUAAAUCCUUAGCAUUCUCCAUUACAAAAAAACAAGACUCUCUAGAGCGAGGAAACACUUGAUGCACUAAGAGAUAGAUCUUGCUACAAACAUCAGAGAGGAUUAAAACAUAGGAGGAGCCAUCAUUCCCUUACCAGCAGGAUCAGAGACACACGUAGUUAAACUGCCAUUUAAAACCCCAUUGGCAGGCUAUAGAAAACAGUAAAAAUUGAUCCUAAGUUUUCUUGUUCCCAAUCUAGCAAUGAUCUAAAAUCUUACUUUGCACACAACAAACUAGCCCCCACGGCCUCUCGCCACAUUCCAAGGUACCACCACUGAGCAGCAUUUAACCCACAGCAGUGUAUCUGAUGCGGCUCAGAAUGUGAGCAGACAGCAACGCUCACAUCUGUGUCUAUGAAAUACCCCUGUUAAGACUGGGAAAUAUUAGACUUGCUAAAAAUAUAAGAAGGAAAUGUUGUCGUUUCCACAGCAAAGUUUCUUAAAGAUGUUUAUGAAUCCUUUCUUUGCCAGUGGGCAGCCUCAAAUAUCACCACACCAAAUUCCGUAAACAUCUGCGUCUCUUUGAAGUUCCUGAAAAAUCUGCUCAUGAAGCGCAGCACUCAGAAACAGCUUUUAAUUGUUUUAAUUAAAAUGUUUUAAAGGGGGAAUUAGGCUCUUUGCAGAAAUGACGGCUAAUAAAACAUGAAGUCAAAUUAAGAGCUGGAUGCAGCUAACAGUCAUUGUUUAAGUGAACAAAAAUAAAAAUCUCCAACCAGCCUGAAGUCAUGAUCAUCAUGUAUCUGAGUGAUGUGAGCACCAAUGCAGCGUACGGAGGGAAGAAGUCAGAGCUGUCUUUUCACCUAGGCAACCCUGUGUGUUUCAGUGGUAGAAUGAAAGGGUCCCCCACCCUUGUGCAGGAGAGCCUGCAUAAUGUGAAAGGUUAUUUACUUCAAUAGAAGAGAAUGUUAAAGUUCCCUGUUUCGGGCAGAAGAUGAAAGAGAGAGAUAAUGGGAAAAACAAAGUCAAAUGUUUGUAAAUGUCUCAAAGACAAACUUGGUUAUAUCAGUCAAACUUAGUUAUAUCAGUGUUUCUUCUUCAGAUAGGUGAAAGCAAGUUAAGUCUGAAGUGCACCAGCUGAAAAAAUACUGAACAACAAAGUAGUUACCAUCUGCCUAUUGAUUCAGAGAAUCUGGAUUACAUGUUUCUGUCCAAAAGUCUCUAGUAAUAAAGAGCUCAGCGUGAUAUGAUUUGAUAUUGCCUUGAAUGUGCUUCAUGCUAUAUUUAAAGAAAAAUGUUCCGUGGAGAAAGUCCAAUGCUAUGGCCAGUGACUUUGAACAGGAUGAUGUGCACCAAAACCUGGCAUUACACACAGAAAGACCUGUGAAUAAACACUGAAGGUGACUGAUGCAGUUUAUGAUGAGUGAUGUUCCUAUCAGACCUAUUGAUCCACCAUUAACAGAGCGUGCAGAUACUUGCAGUGGUGUAUUGCUUGUAUAUUUUUCUUUUCUGAAAUGAUUCGUUAUGUUUCAAGCUCUCCUCACUUGCCAGUUGUAUGGCAUUUCUCAUGGUCACUUUGUCAGAGUAAAGCAGUGCUUUUCUGAUUCACUGUAUGGUCUAAAUAUAAUUAGAGAUGAUGGAGAAGCUGUGGAGGAGAUAAAGCUACCUUAGCUUGGAAAGCAUAUCCAUCUCAUCUGAAGGUGGCAGCCUUUGUCUCUUUUUAGUGGCAGGAUGAAUGCUGUGUCCUAAUAUGAGCUCCUUUUGUAUCACUGCCUCACUCACUUCCCAGCACGUAGGGCUUAAAGCUUGCCUGAAAAGAAAUGGGUCAUGCUCCUUUGCUUGG